AUGGAACCUGGCGAAGAUUUUUGUCAUAAACGAUUUUUAAGUUUUGAAGAAAAUUUAUAUGCUUCCCUACAAGUGAAUCCAUACAAUUUGCAUAGUCCUUGCUUAAAAAAAUGGGAAAUUGAAGAAAAGGAAAAUUUAGAUUCAUCAGAGCAGGUUUUUGGUGUUCCGUGUACCAACGAUACUGCAGUACUACAGUAUUUUAGCAGAGAUGAUGUUCGAAAAGCACUGUAUAUUCCAUCUGAAGCACCACAGUGGAGUACUUGCAACUUUAACAUAACAUUAUCGUUUGUAUACUUAAAAAAUUUGACAAUUGAAAAAAAUCUUCGUGAAGCAGCAUUGGCAGGCAUCAAAAUUCUGCUGUAUUACGGCGAUUUAGAUGCUGUAUGCAAUUUUGCAAUUGGACAACAAUUAGCUUAUGAUAUUGGAUGUGAUGUAACAGUGGAAAAAGAACCUGUAGUUGUCGACGAAGUUCAUGAAGGCUACAGAAGCGUUUAUGGAAAUGUUGAAUUUGUUUUAUUGAAGGGUUGUGGUCAUAUGGUUCCGGCGGAAAAACCUCGCGUUGCUCUUGAAAUUGUCAGAAAUUUUAUUCAAAAAUACAACUAUUCUAAAUGUUCGAUCAGUAGAGACGUUCAUUCGUCAGCAACUAAUAUUAAGUCAAGACCUAUGUUUCUUGUUAUUUUUUUAUCUAGGCUUAUUGUUUCAUUUCUAAUUACGACAAUGGUACUCUCAAGUAGGCUAUAA